ACGUGGACCUAGAAAUCUGCACAGAUCUUCUUCUACUUCCAGACUCGGCGGGCACCAAAUAAACAGAAAACAACUUACAACCCCGUCUCGAGAGGCCGUCCCUGAGCCGACGAGAUGUACCGAACAGCGGCGAAGCGUGUUCUCCUCCUCCGUGUACCCUCCGGUAGCAAAAGCAAUGCCCGUCUUCUGCUCCCACCCAUUCUUCAAUCAUUCGCUGCUAACUCUUCUCCUUUAUCCACUACUAGUGUAAAUCCAAAUCAACGUUCUCAAAACCCUAGUUUUUCUGAUCCUGUCUCUUCAUCAACAUCUUCUUCAUCUUCAUCAUCAACGGCCGAUGAAGCUCGACGUCAGCAUAGCCGCAGACCGACGGCCGAGUACGAAGACGAGCAAGCACGGGUGCUUCAUGCCACUCUUCCCCACGUGGUGAGGUUGGGAUGGACUGAAGCUGCUAUGAUUUCUGGUGCGAGGGCCGUCGGUGUUUCUCCUUCUAUAAUUGGCUCUUUCCCAAGGAAAGAAGCCGCUCUUGUGGAGUUUUUCAUGGAUGAGUGCUUGCAAAGGCUCAUCGAUAGAAUUGAGUUGGGUGAGGACUUAAAAGGCAAGAUACCUAGUGAGCGAAUCUCUGAGCUUGUUAGGUUUCGCCUAGAAAUGCAAGCUCCAUACAUAUCAAAAUGGCCUCAAGCUCUUAGCAUUCAGGCACAACCAAUGAAUGUUCCAACAAGUUUUAAGCAGCGGGCAAUGCUUGUAGAUGAGAUAUGGCAUGCUGUUGGUGAUGAGGCCUCUGAUAUUGAUUGGUAUGUAAAGCGCACUGUCCUUGGGGGAAUAUACUCAACAACGGAAAUAUACAUGCUGACUGAUAGUUCCCCAGAUUUUCGUGAUACGUGGUCUUUCUUGGAUGGCCGUGUGAAAGAUGCUUUUGAUCUGAAGAAGACCAUUCAGGAGGCAAAGUAUUUGGCGGAAACCGUUGGUGCUGGUAUGGGGAGCUCUUUGCAAGGAUUUGUGAAGAGAGUUUUUCCUGGAUGAAUGCUAGUUUGCCAGAUGGUUUAGAAAAUAUAUACUGAGAAUCAGGUGCUGGGUCACAUGGGGCAUGCAUCAGGAUUUGAAGUAUUCUUCUUCUUUCGCUUGAUUGCCUCUGAUAAAGAUUGUUACCUGGAAGAGAUGCUGUGUAUGUGUUACUUUUAUCUCCAAUGUUUCAUUACUCUAAAUUCUUUUUCAAUUGGCAUGAAGCCGCCGAAGAGUGAAUCUUAAAUAAUGGUACUUUUUCGUUACAUAAGUUACUAUUAAACUUGAUAUCCUGUGGAUUGCUCCAUGGACCUGCGAAUGAUGGCAGAAUCUCCCUUGGGCAAACAGGUAAGGUGGAAAUAAAAAUGAUAGAGUUCGUUGGCAAAGAAA